UCUCACAUUCUGUUGAGGACACACACACUCUCACACAGAUCUAGAGUGUGUGUUGAGCAGACAGCCAAGGGAUUGACUCGCUCCGUGGAGUACCGCACACACUGAAGAUGAAUCUCUUAAGGACAUGCAUGCACUGGAUCUGUGCACUUGUGAUUGGACUUCUGGGACUUGUGGAGGAGAACUUGGCUAAUGUUCUGGACAGCAUGCUGCUGAGGAAUUCUGGGAAGGUGGCCGAAAGUCGGGACACUGGAAGUGAUGCAGCGGCUCUACUUCAGCACUUCCUGUGGUGUUACUGCUACCAUCACUGCCCGGAGGACUCCACCAAUAACACAUGCAGGACGGAUGGUUACUGCUUCACCAUGGUGGAAGAAGAGGGUGGAAUCGUCUUGGUGACGUCAGGGUGUCUGGGUCUGGUCGGAUCAGAGUUUCAGUGCCGAGACACAGGGAACGCUAAGCAGAGGCGAGCACUUGAGUGCUGUACAGACCAGGACUACUGUAACAGAGACCUGAACCCCACACUGCCUCCUCUACUAACACCCAGUUAUGUGGAUGGAGACAUUCAUCAUAUCGCUCUACUCGUCUCUGUGAUGGUCUGUAGCUUCAUCCUCACCUUUAUCAUCAUCUUCUGUUACUUCAGGUACAAGCGUCAUGAGUUACUGCCGCGCUACAGUCUGGGUCUACAGCAGGACGAAACAUUCAUUCCUCCAGGUGAAUCCCUGAGGGAUCUCAUAGAACAGUCUCAGAGCUCCGGCUCAGGGUCAGGACUCCCCCUGCUGGUGCAGCGAACUAUAGCGAAGCAGAUCCAGAUGGUGACCCAGAUUGGGAAGGGUCGGUAUGGAGAGGUGUGGAUGGGCAGGUGGAGGGGAGAGAAAGUGGCUGUGAAGGUGUUUUUUACCACUGAAGAGGCCAGCUGGUUUAGAGAAACUGAGAUAUAUCAGACUGUGCUCAUGAGACAUGAGAAUAUAUUGGGGUUCAUAGCUGCAGAUAUUAAAGGCACGGGCUCAUGGACUCAACUCUACCUCAUCACUGAUUAUCAUGAGAAUGGCUCUUUGUACGACUAUCUGAAAUCCACCACCCUGGACAGCAGAGCCAUGCUGAAACUGGCCUACUCCUCUGUGUCUGGACUCUGCCACCUUCACACCGAGAUCUUUGGCACGCAGGGCAAACCGGCCAUCGCUCACAGAGACCUAAAGAGCAAAAACAUCCUGGUGAAGAGGAACGGAGCCUGCUGUAUCGCUGACCUCGGCCUCGCCGUUAAAUUCAUCAGUGACACUAAUGAAGUGGACAUCCCACUAAACACACGUGUGGGCACCAAACGCUUCAUGGCUCCUGAAGUUCUGGAUGAGACUCUAAACAGAAAUCAUUUUCAGUCCUAUAUCAUGGCAGACAUGUACAGCUUUGGCCUCAUACUGUGGGAGAUCGGCAGGAGAUGCGUGUCUGGAGGUAUUGUAGAGGAAUAUCAGUUACCAUAUCAUGAUCAUGUGCCGAAUGAUCCAUCAUACGAGGACAUGAGAGAGGUUGUCUGCAUCAAGAGAAUACGGCCGUCUUUCCCCAACCGCUGGAGCAGCGAUGAGUGUCUCAGACAGAUGGGAAAGCUCAUGACAGAAUGUUGGGCGCAUAACCCCGCCUCCCGGCUAACCGCCCUGCGCGUUAAAAAGACACUAGCCAAGAUGUCGGAGUCUCAGGACAUUAAAGUCUGAGAACAAUCCAUCAAUCCAUUAGCACUGAGGCUAACGCUGAACUACCUACCCACCCACCCACCCACAACGUCCUACUGUGGAUUCCAACGGCAGUGGUGAUCAUUGUGGCAGAGCAUCCUGAAAAUUGACUGGUCAAUGGCAAAGGAACGACACCAAAGACCUUUGUUGGCCAAUGCCAAUGAAGGCACAUCUCUGUGAUUGAAUGAAGGACAGAAAUACAGCCUUUUGCUUGCUGUGAAAUCUGCCGACACAGUGCCUGAAGCUCUUCUGUGUGACAUAAAGGUCAAUGAGAGCUCCCCCUAUUGGUGACGAGUGGAAUGUCCCGAAACGUCUGUCAUAAUACAUUACUCUACGAGGACUGUAAGUAUUGUGGGAUAAAGCAGGACCUCAUUGAGCAAGAAGGGACAUGUGUGCUUCACAAAAACUGUCUUCAGCUCAAGACUUUCUUGAGAGCUGGAAACUGACUGACUUGCGUUUUUCCUUACGACAAUCUGUUCAGCUCGUGCAACACCAUUAUGAUUGUGUCAGAUUUGUCUCUAACCCUGUUGCCAGUCAAUCUAACUUGCAACAAAUUUUAUGGUUGAUGUUGAAAAUGUAUUUAAAGUCAUAGAAGCUGUGGUUUGCCUUGAUGGCCUGUGCCUUAUUUAUU